CGAGGGGCGGGGCCCGGCGGCAGUUGCUGUCGAGCCCGGGAGGCCGAGAAGGCUGUGGUUGCUUCAGCUGUCGCAUCCCCGAGGGAGUCGUGUCGGCUAUUCCCUGUCCCGUAGGUCCGCGGAUCGGCCCACGGGCUCGUGUGUACGCUCCCGACCUCGCCAGCCGCUCGCCGCUCGUCCUGUUGACCGCGCCUCCUGCAUCAUGUGCGGUAUAUUUGCUUACUUAAACUACCACGUUCCUCGCACAAGACGAGAAAUCUUGGAGACCCUAAUCAAAGGCCUUCAGAGACUGGAGUACAGAGGAUAUGAUUCUGCUGGUGUGGGAUUUGAUGGAGGCAAUGACAAAGAUUGGGAAGCCAAUGCCUGCAAAAUCCAGCUCAUAAAGAAGAAAGGGAAAGUGAAAGCACUGGAUGAAGAAGUUCACAAACAACAGGACAUAGAUUUGGAUAUAGAAUUUGACGUACACCUUGGAAUAGCUCAUACUCGUUGGGCAACACAUGGCGAACCCAGUCCUGUCAAUAGCCAUCCCCAGCGCUCUGAUAAAAAUAAUGAAUUUAUUGUUAUUCACAAUGGAAUCAUCACCAACUACAAAGACUUGAAAAAGUUUUUGGAAAGCAAAGGCUAUGACUUUGAAUCUGAAACAGACACAGAGACAAUUGCCAAGCUUGUUAAGUACAUGUAUGACAAUCGGGAAAGUCAAGAUACCAGUUUUACUACCUUGGUGGAGAGAGUUAUCCAACAAUUGGAAGGUGCUUUUGCACUUGUCUUUAAAAGUGUUCAUUUUCCUGGCCAAGCAGUUGGUACAAGACGAGGCAGCCCUCUGUUGAUUGGUGUUCGAAGUGAGCAUAAACUCUCUACUGAUCACAUUCCAAUACUCUACAGAACAGCUAGGACUCAGUUUGGAUCAAAAUUCACACGGUGGGGAUCACAGGGAGAAAGAGGGAAAGACAAGAAAGGAAGCUGCAAUCUCUCUCGUGUGGACAGCACAACUUGCCUUUUCCCUGUUGAAGAAAAAGCAGUGGAAUAUUACUUUGCUUCUGAUGCAAGUGCUGUCAUAGAACACACCAAUCGCGUCAUCUUUCUUGAAGAUGAUGAUGUCGCAGCGGUGGUGGAUGGCCGUCUUUCUAUCCAUCGAAUUAAACGAACUGCCGGAGAUCACCCUGGACGAGCUGUGCAAACCCUCCAGAUGGAACUCCAGCAGAUCAUGAAGGGCAACUUCAGUUCAUUUAUGCAGAAGGAAAUUUUUGAGCAGCCAGAGUCAGUUGUGAACACUAUGAGAGGAAGAGUCAACUUUGAUGACUAUACUGUGAAUUUGGGCGGUUUGAAGGAUCACAUUAAGGAGAUCCAGAGGUGUCGGCGUUUGAUUCUUAUUGCUUGUGGAACAAGUUAUCAUGCUGGUGUAGCAACGCGUCAAGUUCUCGAAGAGCUGACUGAGUUGCCUGUUAUGGUGGAGCUAGCCAGUGAUUUCCUGGAUAGAAACACGCCGGUUUUUCGAGAUGAUGUUUGCUUUUUCAUUAGUCAGUCAGGUGAGACAGCAGAUACCCUGAUGGGUCUUCGGUACUGUAAAGAGAGAGGAGCUUUAACAGUGGGAAUCACAAACACGGUCGGCAGUUCCAUAUCAAGGGAGACAGAUUGUGGCGUUCACAUUAAUGCUGGACCUGAGGUUGGCGUGGCCAGUACAAAGGCUUACACCAGCCAGUUUGUAUCCCUUGUGAUGUUCGCCCUUAUGAUGUGUGAUGACAGGAUCUCCAUGCAAGAGAGACGCAAAGAGAUCAUGCUUGGAUUGAAGCGGCUGCCUGAUUUGAUUAAGGAAGUACUGAGCAUGGAUGAUGAAAUUCAGAAACUGGCAACUGAACUUUAUCAUCAGAAGUCGGUCUUGAUAAUGGGACGUGGCUAUCAUUAUGCUACUUGUCUUGAAGGGGCACUGAAAAUCAAAGAAAUCACUUACAUGCACUCUGAAGGCAUCCUCGCUGGUGAGUUGAAACACGGCCCUCUGGCUUUGGUAGAUAAGUUGAUGCCUGUCAUCAUGAUCAUCAUGAGAGAUCACACUUAUGCGAAGUGUCAGAAUGCUCUUCAGCAGGUGGUUGCUAGACAGGGACGGCCAGUGGUGAUUUGUGAUAAGGAAGAUACCGAGACCAUUAAGAACACAAAAAGAACAAUCAAGGUGCCCCACUCAGUGGACUGCUUGCAGGGCAUUCUCAGUGUGAUCCCCUUACAGUUGCUGGCUUUCCACCUUGCUGUGCUGAGAGGCUAUGAUGUUGAUUUCCCCCGGAACCUUGCCAAAUCUGUAACUGUAGAAUAAGGAGCAUCUGAAACUCUGGGCGAUGAAGCAACACAAGACACCUUUUAUAUUUAAAACCUUGAUUUAAAAUAUCACCCCUUUAAGCCUUUUUUAGUAAAUCCUUAUUUAUAUAUCAGUUAUAAUUAUUCUACUCAAUUUGUGAUUUUUGUGAAAUUACUCAUGUUUUUCCAGUAAUUUGUGGAGGAGUUUGAAUAAUGGAAUCUAUAUUGGAAUCGGUAUUAAAAAGAGAUUUAGCUCUCAUUUUCUUUAAAGGAUGCUGAGUGUUGGAUUUCUGGGCCCUCUACUUCAAUCCGAGAGGGUUUGUAUGUUGUUUUUAAAAUAAUUGGUGUUUGUUUUACCACGCUUCUAUUCCUUCACCCCAAUGACAGCGGUAAUGUAUGCUAAUAUUUGGACAUUUAAUUAAGGUUUUGCUAAGUUAUACAUAAAGAGAAGAUGCUGUGAUUUA